UGAGUGUAUGCAGCGGGAACCUGGAACCGAGCUCAAGAUGUGCAUCAUUGAACAGAUCGCUUCGCUUGUAAUCAACUUUUCUCAACUACUGAAAACUCCAGAAAAUCCGAUGGAAAUAAGAACAAAUCAGUGACAGCCAUGCCACUAUUUUCUAAGAAAGGCGGCCAAGCCAAUUUUUCCGAUUCUGGAAGCAAGGAAAAGCCAAGCAAAUCGGGUAAGAACGAGAAAGCAAGCAGUACUCCUCCCGCCGCCCCGAAAGCUCCUCACAGCCCGCGAUCGGCUCAAAACCACCACGCACAAGCAAGUAAACCAGCCACUAGCCCUCCCCAAUCCAAGAGUAAGGGACCACGUAGUGAUGCUCACAAGAGUCUACCACCAUUACCUCCAGAACCGACUCCAAAUCCGCCGAGAUUCGUAUUCCAUUGCCAACUGGCGCACGGCAGCACCACCGCCAAGGUUGAAGGCUUUACCAACGUAAAACAACUCUACCAGAAAAUUGCUGAUGCUUUUCACGUUAAUGUUGAUGAUAUUCUUUUCUGCACCCUGAAUACAUAUCGUGUUGACAUGGAACGUCUUCUCGGAGGCCAGAUAGGUCUGGAUGAUUUCAUAUUUGCACACAUAAAGGGACAGAAAAAGAUUGUGGAGGUAGUUAAGGAUCAGCCAGCGUUGGGAUUGACAAUAACAGAUAACGGUGCUGGGUGUGCUUUUGUAAAGCGCAUCAAGGAGGGAAGUAUUGCUGACAAAACCCCACAAAUAUGCAUAGGUGACCAUGUGGAAUAUAUUAAUGGACAGUAUGUGGUUGGAAGUAGACAUUUUGAUGUCGCUAGAAUGCUACGAGAGGUUGACGUCACUGGUACCAUUACUCUACAUCUAGUAGAGCCGUUGCGGGGCUUUGGUGCAAUUGGACCCAGAACUGCCAGCAGAGGACAAUCAACUGAGGAACCAGUUAACGCUGAAAAGAAAAUUGGAACUGGAAAGGCAACAUUAAGGCUGAAAGCAAAGGGUCCCCCUGUUGUAGAGGAAAUAACAGCGUGGGAGAGCACUUGGGAGUGUGUAGCUAUGAAAAAGGUUGAUGAUCUUCUUGAAAACUUUCUUGGAAUCAGGGAUGAAGAACUUGCCAACACGUUGGUGGACCUCAGCAAAAACAAAACAAAUCCAAGUGAUUUUGCCAUGAAUGUAGAUGAGAAUUUCUCUGAUUUUCAGUUUCCAGAUGAUUUUAUAUUUGAUAUCUGGGGGCUGAUUAAUGACGCUAGAGCAGGUAGAAUUGCACCUCAAUAAUGCUUUGAUAGCCUACUCCAAGGUGGAAUAAUAUAAAUAGAUGUCCAAACAACUAGUAAGGGUGUGCAUAUUUAUAAUAAGUAGACCUUAGUAUAUAGUAUUUAGUAUUCUGUAUAGGCAAUUUUUGAUAUUGAAAGAAAAAUCUUAAUUUGUAGAAUUCAAAGUUAAACUGAUAGGUAAGCUAUUCCCUUUUAGGCAAGUUUGACAACAAGGCAUAUUACCAAAUGUAACACUUUCAUCUUUUCUAGUGAUUAAUAUUUUCUAGGAUCAAAAUCAUUUUUGGACUAUGGAAGGAGACUGCAUUACAACUUGAUCCUGAUUACGCAGAUCUCAGACAAGAUAACAUUUUCUAUUCAUCCACCUUAUUAGAGGAGUGAAAAAGACAUUGUAGCCAUUCUUGAUGUAAAAUGCUGCCAUGCAGACCUUGGGCCCUCAUACAUUCCAGUGCUCAAACCCCCCAGUUGAUUCUUUUUAAACACAUGUAUCCUGACAGGCCUGUAGCCAGGAUUUGGGGGGGGGGGGCUUCGUUUACCCAUCUAGCGGACCAUUUUUUCUUAGGUAGCUCGUCUUAGCUUGCAGUGGUACUCAAUUUUCCACCAUCAGGGCAGACCUUCAAGUAGAGUUUGACUGGCUACGGGCCCGCCUGAAGCUCUCUGGAUCAGACAAAGGAAGAACGGGUUUCUCAAAUUGAAAAGCAUUAGAUAUGAAAAUUCGGAGAAACACCAUUUGUUAACAGUUACAUUAAAGUAGUUUGUUCUUUUUUCACAGACACAUUCAAAAUAUAACUCUCAUAAAUGUUUUGAUUUCCAUUGUACAUAUUCUCAAGGUAAUACAGAAUAGCAACAGUCCUUACUAUUGUGGGCUCUUUUCAGUGGCGAAAAAAAAAAAAAAAACAAGACAAUCGUUUGCGACAGAAAACCAGGCCACUGCACUAUGCUAAACAGGGCAUUAAUUAUGAAUCAAAAUGGUCUGACUGCCGGGACAGAAAAGUGCCUCGGAUAGCACUUUUCAACAACAUUUUUUUAACCCUAAAAGAUAACACAUUGGGUGUGGUCGAAUUCUAACCCUAAGCUCUAAAAUCACUGUGAGACCCCCUAAGGGAUAGCAAAAGCGAGAGAAUUUUAUAGAUAGGGCGAUCCACUAUCGUCUACUUUUAUGGAGAGCCACCUGGUGGCGAUACAAGAAUCCCAGGCUAAACAUGAGAUUGACUUGACCAAGUGUCGCGGGCAUAGGCAUAUGAGCUCAUCCAUGAGGGGUUCUUAGAAGGUCACUUCAACCUUGUUUCAAAAAACAAGAAAUAAGUAACGCGAUUUUCACAAACAGGGAAAAUAAAAGUAUUCUCCAAAUUUUGUAAAAGAAUUUGUAAUACGAAAUAUAUACUCCUUAAAAUCUGGACAAAAAAAUGUGAGUUACGUUACCCCCCCCCCCCCCCCUUUUUAAAACCUAGAUGCGUCACUGCUUUUUGCAUGUAAUAGUUUAGCUUUGAAGACUUGCUUUGUAAGUGAGAGUCUAACUCUAUGUAAUUAAAAGCUGAUCUGUAACAAA